CAUAGUUUUGAAAUAUAUUAUUUUGAUAAUGUAUAUUCAUAUAAAAAUAGAGAUAUUAAUGGUCAAAGUGUCGCAUUGGAGACCGUGAAAAAUCAAAUGGGAAAUUAAUUUUAAGACGGAGGGAGUAUAUAUUAAAGAAAUGGGAGUGUUUAUCCCUAGACGAAAAAAAUAGCUAGAAAUCCGUACACAGAGCGGAUAAUUAAACACCAGAGGAGGCCGAAGAUGAGAGCCCUCUUCAUCCCCCUUCCCUCCAAACCGCCGCAGCUUCCCAAAAGGCAAAUUAAAGAGUAAUGGGAGAAGCAUCUUCUUCUUCAUCAUCAUCAUCAGAUAACAAUGAAUGCUGCAGGAGCAAUGCCUUCACUUUUGCCCCCCAUUUCUUCAGAGGAAGAUGGUUCUCCCUCUUUGCAUCUUUCCUGAUCAUGGCCGGCGCCGGAGCCACGUACCUCUUCGGAGUCUAUUCCAAGGAGAUAAAGGCCUCUUUGGGGUAUGACCAAACCACCCUCAACCUCCUCGGCUUCUCCAAGGAUCUCGGGGCCAAUGUGGGAGUUCUCUCCGGCCUCCUCGCCGAGGUUUCCCCGAAUUGGUUCGUGCUCCUAGUCGGCGCCGCCAUGAACUUCGCCGGCUACUUCGUCAUCUGGCUCGCCGUUACAGGGAGAAUCCCAAAGCCCACAGUCUGGCAAAUGUGUCUGUACAUUUGCAUAGGUGCAAAUUCGCAGAACUUUGCCAACACUGGGGCUCUGGUGACCUCCGUAAGGAACUUCCCAGAGUCCCGUGGGGCCAUGAUUGGCCUUCUCAAAGGGUUCACCGGGUUGAGCGGGGCCAUCAUGACCCAGCUCUACUUGGCUGUCUAUGGGAACGACUCUGAGUCUCUAAUCUUGCUCAUCGCUUGGCUCCCCGCUGCACUCUCAAUGGUGUUCGUGUACACAAUCAGAGAGAUUAAGGUUGUCAGGGACAAGAGAGAGCUCAACAUGUUCUACCUGUGCUUGAUUUCCUCCAUUGUCUUAGCCUUGUUUAUAAUGGUCAUGACAAUCCUACAGAAACUCGUGGCAUUUUCCCGAGUUGCUUAUGAUUUCAGCGCUGCCGUUUCUUGUUUCUUACUCUUCGUCCCCCUCGUGUUUUUCGCCCGGCACGACUUCCUCCUCUGGAAGAAGAAAACUCUCCAAGCCGUCACACUGCCACCGCCGCCGCCACCACUGCCGCCACCGGGGGUACCGGAGGUGAUGAAUGAUGACAACACUAAAGUUUCAUGGUUUGCCAAGAUUUUCUUCCACAAGCCGGAACGGGGAGAGGAUUAUAGCAUAUUGCAGGCGCUUCUGAGCACGGAUAUGUUAAUUCUUUUCGUGGCCACGUUUUGCGGGAUGGGGUCGAGCCUGACGGCGGUCGACAACAUGGGUCAGAUCGGGGAGUCGCUCGGGUACCCGAACAAGACGAUCACGACCUUCGUCUCCCUCCUCUCCAUCUGGAACUUCUUCGGGAGAAUCUUCUCCGGAUUCUUCUCGGAGACGCUCCUGAGGCGGUACAAGUUCCCCCGACCCCUCAUGAUGACGCUCGUCCUCCUCCUCUCGUGCGGCGGCCUCCUCCUCGUCGCGUUCCCGGCCCCGGGCUCGCUCUACGUGGCCUCGGUCGCAAUCGGGUUCUCCUUCGGGGCCCAGCUCCCGCUCCUCUUCACCGUCAUCUCCGAGCUCUUCGGCCUCAAGUACUACUCCACGCUGUUCAACUGCGGGCAGCUGGCGAGCCCCGCCGGGACCUACGUGCUGAACGUGAUGGUCACGGGGCGGCUGUACGACAGGGAGGCGCUCCGGGAGUUGGAGGGGAAGGGGAUGGGGAGAGGGGACGUGAGGGAGCUGAGCUGCGUGGGGCCCCACUGUUACCGCCUCCCGUUUGUGAUUCUGGCGGGUGUCACUUUCUUCGGGGCGGUUUCUUCGCUGGUUUUGGUUGCGAGGACUCGGGAGUUUUACACGGGUGACAUUUAUAAGAAAUUCAGAGAGGCAGAGGAGGAGGUGGAGUUGCCUGUUGUGAAUGGGGAUACUACUAGGAAACAAUAAUUAUUGUGAAGAUUUUAGUAUUGAAAUUGUGUAAAGUGUAAACUGUUAAUGGUUCGAUAUAUUUUGAGAGCCCUGAUGUGAACUAUAAUGUCUUAAAAAAUAUUGUUAUACAGAGUAUCAUUUUUUUUCCUUUUUGUUUUAUUUCUUCAGCAUAUAAGUUUUUAUCUUUUCAAAUGAAAUUUUAUAUAAUUAAAUUCCAAAAACAUGG